AGCGGAAAUCGACCAAUGAGGGAAAGAGAAUUCGUUGAACCUGGAGUGAUUGGCAGACCCAAGGCCAAUGCGGGAGCGCUUGGGGCGGGUUUUGGUGAUGACCAUGAAGGGGGUGUGCAAGCCGAGAGGGAGAUACGCAGGAGAGGGAGAAGCUGGCUGGCGGUGCUGAAGAUGGCGGAUGGUGACAGUGGGAGCGAGCGCGGCGGUGGCAGCAGCGGAGGAGGAGGUGGAGGAGGUGGAGGAGGUGGUGGAAGCGGGUUCCAGCACUCCCAGAGAGAGCAGGAGACCCAGGAGCUGGCGUCCAAGCGACUGGAUAUCCAGAACAAGCGCUUCUACCUGGACGUCAAGCAAAACAACAAGGGCAGGUUCAUCAAAAUCGCCGAGGUCGGGGCCGGGGGCUCCAAAAGUCGCCUGACCCUGUCCAUGUCAGUUGCGGCGGAGUUUCGUGACUACCUGGGGGAUUUCAUAGAGCACUACGCCCAACUGGGGCCUAGCAGCCCGGAGCAGAUCGCCCAGUCCUCGGUCGGAGAGGACGGCGGGCCCAGGCGAGCCCUGAAGAGCGAGUUCUUGGUCCGUGAGAACCGUAAAUACUACCUCGAUCUGAAGGAGAACCAGCGGGGGAGGUUCCUGCGGAUCCGACAGACCGUAAACCGAGGGCCCGGGUUCGGAGUAGGGGGGCCCGGAGGAGGUAUGCAGGCCGGGCAGACCAUAGCCCUUCCGGCCCAAGGCUUAAUAGAGUUUAGAGACGCCCUUGCCAAGCAUAUAGAUGAUUACGGUGGAGACGACGAAGAGUUGGCGGGUGGAACCGCAGCUGGGGCCUAUGGGGAGCUUCCCGAGGGCACAUCCAUCAUGGUGGACUCUAAACGGUUCUUUUUCGACGUCGGGUCCAACAAAUACGGCGUGUUCCUGCGAGUGAGCGAGGUCAAACCGAGCUACAGGAACUCUAUCACCAUCCCGUUCAAAGCGUGGGGGAAGUUCGGAGGAGCUUUCAGCCGCUAUGCGGAGGAGAUGAAAGAGAUCCAGGAGCGACAGCGGGAUAAAAUUUACGAGAGGAGAGAGGAGUCGGAGGGAGAGGAGGUGGAUGACGACUGAGUAGUUGAAACUGCUUAUAUAGUUCAGUUCACACAGUAAGAUCAGCAAUAGAUAUGUGGCAGAAAUGACAGAUUUAAGUGCAUGAAGAAUCGAACUUUAAUACUAGAAAAUAUCGUGGCGUUAAAAAGUAAAUUUGACACGAACUAUUGAUGUAUUUAACACCUGGAGUUUGUUUUAUGAGGGUUAUAUGGGGUGUGAAGUAAAACAAAAAGUUAAAGUUAUGGGACUAGCAUAGUAGUGUGUAAAUGAGACUUUUCUCAUGGAUUUAAAAAGAUUGCAAUUGUGUUUUGUAGAAAAAGAAAUAUACCUAAAACCAGCAACGUGGUUUUCAUAACAAUUUAAGAAGCCAAUGACAUCUUUAUAAUAAAUGUUUCCUUUCAAAUAUAGAUAUAUAUUUAAAAGAGUAAGGAGUGUACCUUGACCCCAUUGAUUUAGCUAUUUCCAUUUCUCAGUGUAAGGAGAUAACCAGCAUCCAUUGUAUUCCCAUUCUAGGUCUCUCCUAUGUGGGCAGUGUGUGUGGGAUCCUUACAAGUUAGUGAAAGUAGUAGGAAGGAAUGUCUAGAAUGCUGCCUGCUGUCAUUUCGUGGAGGUUUAUAUUUAGUUUGUUAACCGAUAGAGAUAGCUAUAUAACACAGGCAGGCCCCUUAACAGACGAUUAUGAUGAGAAACGUUAGAGAGAACUAUAUCUGCAGGCCUAUCUAAAGGCCUCAGAGACUAAAUUGGAGCUGUGUGCUAAUGUAGUUAGCUCACAGUAUCACGUCACUCUCCAAGCAAAUAGACCUAAACACGAAGUGAUUUUAAAAAAAUUACAUAAAUGCCAGGCAAUAUUUACAAAGUCUGUUUCCUCUGACUUAAUGGGUUUGAAAGUAAUCUGUAAGUCUCUGUAAGAGUGGAGCAGUGUGUCUCCUCAGUCCUCACGCAAUGUGACCUGGUGUCGAUAGAUUGACAGGCCUGUUAACCAAUCGGCAACCAGGAAGGACAGUAUCUUCCUGCUGUAUGAGUCCCAUGGGAGCCUGCCCUCUCAGCAUUGACACACGGAUGGGACCCCCACUUAUACACACACACACACACACACACACACACACACACACACACACACACACACACACACACUGCGGGAGCCUUGUGAGCAGGCCAAUGCAAGUGAUCACUGGGUGAAACCCAGAGCUACUACUACUACUGUCACCCAGCCAGCCAGGCUGUGUGGGGCAUCAAUGAUAACAUACCACCAGUUCCUCUGCUCAGGCCCAGCCAGGAGAGACCACACACACACUGUGUCUCAGAGCCCAGGCCUCAGCACCGCCACACCACUAACAUCACACUACGCCACUGGACAGUAACGUAUGGAUGGAUGGAUGGUUUCCUUUUUAUUUCGAAAGAGAACUAUAUUGAAAGAAUAUUAUACGUACGUAUAAAAGAGAAGAUACUGAACAAACCAGCAUACAAUAUUUUUUAAAUACCUUAAAAAGAAAAGGAAAAUGUAUAUGAAUUAUAUAGCCUAAGUAUUUCAUGAAACAUAGCUGGGAUGUGAGUAAAUAGUCCAUGAUGUUGUUUUCUUUUAGCUUUUUCUUUAUUUUCACUUUCAUUUUCUUUUGUUGGGUUUCUCCCAGAGAGUGAAAGAAAUAACACUUCUGUGAUUAAAAAGAAUAUAAAUGCAA